UUGGAUCUCGGGUUGUAUCUACUAUAGUACAGUAGUUCAUUGCUACUAGGCAAUGCAUGGAUCAGGUAGUGUAGUAGGGAGGCCUGGGAGGUAGCUUGUGAUGGAGGUUCCAUCAUGUCCGUAUCCCCACUAUAGCUCAACUGAACUCUUAGACAGAGAGACAACCAGGGCUGUUGCUGCCAUUGUCUGUGCUAAAUUGUCCAUUCCUCAUUCUGUCUGACAUGCCCCUCACCAACCAGCCUGGGCAGCACCAGCCUAAGCUCCCCGACAGGGUACAAACUGGCCAGUACCAUACCUAUUACUCGGUACUGUAGUGAUAUAGGCAGUUUCAACUCAAGCCAGGGCUCCGUGUCCAUCUCCUUUCAUCUUUUGUCUUUUAUCAUCUUACACAACCCUUCUUCUCUACAUUCGUUCUCUUUCCCUAUUGACACCCACUCUCACGUCUCUUAGCCGAACCGUCACAAUGUCCUCUCGUCUACCUCUCUUCACACGUAACCUCCCAGAGGCUCAGGAGUCCAACGACCCAAACUCUCCUGCCGAGCAGCGAGAUGAUGCCAAGCGAAACUUUCUAAAGACGAUGCGACCGCUGCCCACGCAGCACUACUGGAACGUCUACUUCGAUCGCCAGGCAAAGGAGGGUGAGACCGGUGACCAGUACCACUCCGGGCUCGAGCAGCUCGGUACCCAGAUCGAGUCGGUGCAGGACUUUUGGAGAUAUGCGAACAACACUCCUGUCGGAAACAUCGGCGUGCGCGAGUCUCUUUACCUUUUCAAGUCUGGCUUCCGACCUGUUUGGGAAGACCGACGCAACAUCUUGGGCGGUAGCUGGACGUUCCGUUUCCCCAAGAGCAUGGGUCCUGAUGUCUGGACCCGUGUCCAGCUCCUUGCUAUUGGCGAGAAGCUCCAGAGUGUUCUUGACGAAGAGGACCAGCUCUGUGGUGUUGGACUUUCGGUCCGCUUCAACUCCCACCUCAUCACCGUCUGGCAUCGCGACGCCUCCAAGAAGAACUCGGUCGAGAACAUUGUCAAGUGCAUCAUGGAAGACCUCCCCCCGGAGAUGCACCCCAAGCCCGACGCCUACUACUACAAGCGCCACUCUGAUCAUGCUGGCUUCAACCCUUCCCCGGAGCUCAAGGCUGUGCUCGAUUCUCGACGACGUGAGGAGGAGAAGCUGGCUGUUGCUGCCAAGGAUAGCGCCCCAAAGCCUUCGGUGACAAUUGACUCUCCGCAAUGAUUUACGAAAGUUACGACAUUUGCUUUGAUUUUACUACAGAUACUGUUGGGUUCAUAUAGUGUGAGGAUUAUGAGUUCACACACCCCGUCAUCAACGAGGGCAUGCAUCCGAUGAGGCGUUUCAGAAUUAGGUGGCAUUAUACAAUAUACAUUGGCCAGGACCGUUGAUCCUGAGAACCUAGUACA